AUGCGCGCACUUUCAAGUCUCGUUCUGACAGCGGCCAUGGCACUCCCUACGGUACUGGGGUCCGUUGAGCCCGCACAUGUCCUCCAUCCUGUCCGGAUGCGCAGAGAUACCGGCUCGGAUGGCGUUCAGCCAUCGUACAACAUAUCGCUGUACUACCAGGCCGGGAGCCAAUCUUCAGCGGCGGCCCACGUGGAUGCGCAAAUGAAACUCCCCACCGUCGUCUUGGACAACAUCAAUUCAAUCUCCACGGUGGACUGCUCUACAGAUACCGUGGAGAUUACCUACGACAGUGCCGUGGACUAUGAGACGAGCAUCUCCGAGUGGUCGUCUGCCGACCUGAUCAUUCUCACCAACCACGAGGGAAACUGCGACACGGAGAAUGCACACGGAGUGUAUGUAGUCAGCUCUUUGGCAUACGACAAUGACACCCAGACCAUUACUGCGCAAGCCGCAGAGAGCUCUCUCCGAGAGCAAGCUGCGUUUCUUUCCGUGACCUUCAACUCGACGGCCGUAGCCUCAAGGAAGCGUGACUUGACCAUUACGCUCUCCGAUGAGUGGUCCGGAGAUCUGAUCAACACCGACGACCUCGCGAUUGAUGUCCAGGAGGUCGAUCUGAGUACGACCGUGGACCUGAGUGGAGGCGUGGACUUUGAUGUUUCCAACCUGACCGCGACGACAUUAUACCUGGAGUUGGAUAUCGCGCUCGUGGCCGAUGUGAGCGUCAGUGCCCAAGCCGAGGCUUCUUACUCCACCAAUGUCCUGAGUUACACCUUUGAUGCCUUGUCCGUUUCCGCCUUUGAGAUCGCCGGCAUCCUCAGCAUUGGUCCCUCGCUCACAUUCGGAGUCGGGGUGGAGUUCGCUAUCACCGGCGAGGCCAAUGUGACCGCUGAUGUGUCCGCCCAAAUCGCCGAUGGAAGAUUGUACCUGGACCUCCUGGACAGCAGCACCUCCAGUUCCUCGGGAUGGGCCCCUACAUACAAUGCAUCUGCCACAUUGUCCGCUGAGGUUGAUGCCGAGCUCAAUCCAUUUGCGGACGUGGAGCUCUCCAUCGGCAUUGACGUCCUCGACGGGCUACUGGAUGUAUCAGCUGGCAUCGAAGCGAGGGCAGAGAUCGUGAACGAAUUUUCCGUGGAAGGCUCAGUCGCGCUCAGCACCGACAAUGGCGUGACAGUGGAGAAUGGGAGUGGUUCGUGCGAGAAUGGGUACUGGUUUACCAGUGACUUCACCUUUGGCGUUGACGUGUUCGUGACUGAUCUGUAUUCGGAGACGCUGUACAAUGUGACCCUUCCCAUCUAUGAUACGGAGUGCAUUGCCUUCUAA